GAGGAGAUAGAGGCGGAGGGCGAGGAGACAGAGGCGGAGGGCGAGGAGAUAGAGGCGGAGGGCGAGGAGAUAGAGGCGGAGGGCGGCGCUAGGACCCGCCGGCCGCCCCUCCGGCUCCAGGGAGGUUGAUAAAGCGGCGGCGGCGUUUGACGUCAGUGGGGAGUUAAUUUUAAAUCGGUACAAGAUGGCGGAGGGGGACGAGGCAGCGCGAGGGCAGCAACCGCACCAGGGGCUGCGGCGCCGGCGGCGGACCAGCGACCCAAGCGUUGCGGUUAACCACGUCUCGUCCACGACCUCCCUAGGUGAGAAUUAUGAAGAUGAUGACCUAGUAAAUUCUGAUGAGGUUAUGAAGAAACCAUGUCCAGUACAGAUUGUUCUUGCUCAUGAAGAUGACCAUAACUUUGAACUUGAUGAAGAAGCUUUGGAGCAGAUAUUGCUACAGGAGCACAUACGAGAUCUUAACAUAGUAGUGGUAUCUGUGGCAGGAGCUUUUCGUAAAGGGAAGUCAUUUCUACUGGACUUCAUGCUUAGAUACAUGUAUAAUAAGGAUUCUCAAAGUUGGAUUGGUGGAAACAAUGAACCGUUGACAGGCUUUACAUGGCGAGGUGGCUGUGAAAGAGAAACAACAGGCAUACAAGUUUGGAAUGAAGUAUUUGUGAUUGACAGACCUAAUGGAACUAAAGUUGCUGUGCUGCUUAUGGAUACCCAGGGUGCCUUUGAUAGCCAGUCAACUAUCAAAGACUGUGCAACGGUGUUUGCUCUGAGCACUAUGACUAGCUCUGUCCAGGUAUAUAAUCUGUCUCAGAAUAUUCAAGAAGAUGAUCUUCAACAUUUGCAAUUAUUUACAGAGUAUGGAAGACUUGCGAUGGAAGAAAUCUACCAGAAACCAUUUCAGACAUUAAUGUUUUUGAUUCGAGAUUGGAGCUAUCCUUAUGAACAUUCAUAUGGUUUGGAAGGUGGAAAGCAAUUUCUUGAAAAGAGAUUACAGGUAAAACAAAAUCAACAUGAAGAGCUUCAGAAUGUAAGGAAGCACAUACACAAUUGUUUCUCAAAUCUUGGUUGCUUCCUUUUGCCACAUCCUGGUCUUAAAGUUGCAACUAAUCCUAGUUUUGAUGGGAGAUUGAAAGAUAUUGAUGAAGACUUUAAACGAGAGCUUCGAAAUCUGGUUCCAUUGCUGCUUGCCCCUGAAAAUUUGGUAGAAAAAGAGAUAAGUGGAUCUAAAGUCACUUGUAGAGAUCUUGUAGAAUAUUUUAAGGCAUACAUCAAAAUUUAUCAAGGAGAAGAACUUCCACAUCCAAAGUCCAUGCUUCAGGCAACAGCUGAAGCUAAUAAUCUUGCUGCAGUUGCAGGAGCAAGAGAUACCUAUUGUAAAAGUAUGGAACAGGUAUGUGGAGGGGACAAGCCUUACAUUGCACCUUCAGAUCUGGAGCGAAAACACUUGGAUCUCAAGGAAGUGGCGAUAAAACAAUUUCGUUCAGUAAAAAAGAUGGGUGGAGAUGAGUUCUGCCGUCGUUAUCAGGACCAGCUUGAAGCUGAAAUUGAAGAAACCUAUGCAAAUUUUAUAAAGCACAAUGAUGGCAAAAAUAUCUUCUAUGCUGCUCGUACCCCAGCCACACUGUUUGCGGUCAUGUUUGCUAUGUAUAUAAUCUCAGGACUGACUGGCUUCAUUGGCCUAAACUCUAUAGCCGUCUUGUGUAACCUUGUCAUGGGGUUAGCACUGACAUUUCUUUGUACUUGGGCAUAUGUUAAAUACUCUGGGGAGUUCAGAGAAAUUGGAACAAUGAUUGAUCAGAUUGCUGAAACACUAUGGGAACAGGUAUUGAAGCCCCUGGGUGAUAAUUUGAUGGAGGAAAACAUAAGGCAGUCUGUAACAAACUCUAUCAAAGCAGGCCUGACUGACCAGGUGUCUCAUCAUGCCAGAUUAAAGACAGACUGACAGUUCAUCUCCUCACGGACUCCACUCUCUUUUUUUUUUCAUGCUUGCUGUACAAUGAGAACUCAAAUAAAAAUAAACCAAAGUUUACAAUCAACUGUAGAAGUAGUUUAGUGUAACUGGCUUCACAGAUGGCUGCCACAGAGUGUGAAGAUUGUUAGUUCUAAGCAUUCUUUUAAUGGCUCCUAAGACAUGCAGAUGGACUGAGGAGCAUUGGUUAAUCAUGCACCUUUGUGCCGUGUUGAAUUCUUUUAUUUCUUUUUACUUAAUCUAAUGUUAGUGAAUUUGUCUUAUGUAAAAGGAUAUUUCAGGGAAAUAUUUUCAGAAAUCUAUUUAGAGUCUCUUUAACACAGUGUGUCCCAUUGAAAUUUUAAUUUUUAAAGAAUUUAUGAAUCACUGUUUCAAGAACCAGAUUGGAAUGACAAUGAAGCCUUUAUUGAGCCACUACAUUAAAAGUAUAUAUUGCUUUACUGCCUUCAAUACCAGUAUUACAUAAAUGCAUGUAUCAGAAACUUCACAGAAAUUACAUGACAACUCUUGUAGCUAAGAAAGUAAUUCUGAGGUGUACAUUUGUCUUGCCUUUUUAAAUUUAUAAACUUGCCCUAAAAGGAGAUGCAUAUCUGGGAAACUGAACUGUCUUUUUGCAGUUUAGCCUUCAUGUACAUAAAAUAUGCCAUUAAUUUUAUUGGGGAAGAAAUUCCAUCCAAAAAUGUUGCCUACAGCUAUGAGUUAAGAGUGUCUGUACAGUGUGUAGCUUUUAUUUUCUAAAAUCACAGAUAGGGCAUGUAUAUGACUUAUAAAUAUAUAAAUACGAUUUUGUAUUAAAAGUUUUGUAGUUUAUGGCAAAAUCUGGUCCUGUGGUAGGCUAAAUAAGUACAGUCCCUGUGAAAGGAAUGUUUGUGGCUCAUGUCAGUGUGUGAAUGCAUAGACAAUUUGAAGUUUUUGAUAUAUUUGUGAUAUUUAUCUUGAGCACUGCAAUCUCACUCCCCCCCCCCAAGGGAAUUCAAUGAGAAUGUUUAUUGUGACUUUGUCCUCUGUUGCAUUUUAAAGUUAUUUCCUGUAAUUUAUUUUCAGUACAUAAUUAAAAAUUUGUUGUAUAUAUAAAA